AAAAGAUUCUGAACAAUUCAGAUAUUGGCAGCGAGUACUGGUCUUACCUCGCCUCUAUGGAAGCUCAAGUGUUUCUUCCAUAAUCAAAACCCUAAAUUCCUUUUCAAUUUCUUCUUCCGAUUCGUCGUUUCUCUUGCCAAAUUUUUCCUUGCUAUAUAAGUUUGAUAGCGUAAGGUAACAUGAGUCGCGCUUCGAUUGUAAUCUUAUCUCUUCUGCUAAUUUCGCAUAUGGCUUCUUCGAAAGUUAUGUUGAUCGGGAAGAACACAUCUCUCUCAUUCGACGAUAUCCAAGCCAAUUUCACACCGUUGAUUAAGAAAUCGGAUCAGUGUGGAGUGUUGUACGUAGCAGAGCCACUCGAUGCUUGCUCGGAUUUGGUUAACUCGGUGACUGUGGAAGAAGGAUCAAUGGUUUCUCCUCCGUAUGUGUUGAUCAUCCGCGGUGGCUGUAGUUUCGAAGAGAAAAUUAGAAAUGCUCAGAGUGCUGGAUACAAAGCUGCUAUUGUCUAUGACAAUGAAGAUUAUGGCUUCUUAGUUUCAAUGGCAGGGAAUCCCUCUGGUGUACUUAUUUAUGGGACGUUUGUCUCGAAAGCAACAGGGGAACUACUCAAAAAGUAUGUGGGUCGUACCGAUAUGGAACUUUGGCUCGUACCAAGCUUCGAGACUUCGGCCUGGUCAAUCAUGGCUAUCUCUUUCAUAUCUCUCCUCGCCAUGUCAGCUGUUCUCGCCACUUGCUUCUUUGUCCGUAGGCAUCGAGUUAGGCGCCGGCGAAUUCGGUCUCUUAGUGGCAGAGACUAUCCUCGUAUGGGCAUAAACUCACUAAGAAGCAUGCCUACUACAAUAUUUAACGGUGUUUGCGAAGGAGCAUCUACUUCUAUCUCUUGCGCUAUAUGUAUUGAAGACUAUCGCAUUGGAGACAAGCUAAGGAUCCUACCUUGUAAUCACAAAUUUCAUGUUGGAUGUGUUGACUUAUGGCUUGGCCAAAGGAGAUCCUUUUGUCCGGUUUGCAAACGCGAUGCAAGAACCAUAAGCAUCGAUACGCCUGCAUCAGAGCACACACCUUUGCUUUCUCCUAGCUUCACACCAACAUCAUCUUUUCUCUUAUCAUCACCUUCCACAACACCUUUGCAGUCAUCUUAUGAUCUACCAAUAUCUAUCAUACAACAGUGUCCCUCAUCGUCCACAAUGCAGCCACACACAGUCCCUAUGUAUCUCUCUCACUCUCGCUCCCAUACAAGCUUCCAAAAUGGGUCAUACCGGGGUUCCCCGCCUAUUCCGGUUAGUCGGAGUUCAGUUGAUCUCAGGAAUACCGUUUCCCAAAGAUCUUACAACUCACCUCCCUUUGUCCGGUCAAGAUACUCGCACACACUUAGCCCCGGAAUUGCAUCAGGAAGCUUGGUUGUUGGGUCGUUGUUAAGCCAGCGCGAGCAUUCACUUCAGGUAAAUGACUCGCGCAGCUCUCUCUCUCACUUUGCGUCGGCGAGCUCUCUGCCAGGCUGCUAAACCGCUAAAAGCUAACACCGAAGUAACUAAAAGGUUCAGUGUCGUGGCCCAGUGCUUUGAAGACACAAUUAACUCCUCGAGGAUUCUCCCUCUCGGCUACGAUCUAAAAUUAAUUUGUGACAGUUCCUGAUAUUGGCAAACUAUAGAGGUGAAAAGAGUGUUCAGUGUGACUGAGUGAUAUUCUUCAGCUGUAUAGUUGUGGAGAAUGAUGUAUGUGAGAUGAGUGAGUUUGAAGAGUAAAGCGUGUUUUGGUGAAUCAUUUACUUUGAUUCCUUCUGUAUAUAUAUACUUGCUCUUUCUCUUCCAAACGUUUU